UAAUAAUUUUUAUUAAUUUUUGAUAGGUAGAAGAAAAAAGUUGUGUAAACCGAAUGGAAAAAGUUAAAUUCUUUGCAACAAUAUUUAUGGUGAUAAUAAUAAUGACAAGUGUUUUCGCGGAAGACCCACCGGUGAAAGUUACGGCCAAUGAGGUGACUCUUGCGGCGGAGGCUGCCGCCUUGAGUUUCAAAAGCAGCGCCGGGGAGGCUGCUGAAGGGGCUAAGACAUGGGCCGAUUGGGCGACUAGCAAAAUCAGGCAUCCUGGAGGAAAUUUUGAGAAAACACCCGAUUCAGAGUGAGAGGUUACCAAAUUUUUAGCAAACAUUUAUGUUUAAUAUAGGCAUAAAUGUUUAUCAACAAAACUAUGUAAAUUUAAACCAAAUCAAUUCAAUUGCAUUGUACCCUAUUGAAACUCAUAUUGUGUAAGGAACUUUUUCAAA